AUGGUAAGUAGGCACUGAUCCACCUUUUCCAGAAUAUAUCAGCAAGAUGUUGAGCUUGGCGCCAUCGUCGGUUAAGUCUAGAGGGGCUGCAUUCCUCAACAGAUGAUGAAAGGUUCCGAGUACUCAGCAAAAAGUGUUGGGGAGUGAGUACAGCGUACUCGUUCGGGUCCGUACUGUUCUUAACCAGCGGCCGUUCAUUCAUUGUCUUCUCGGUCUCGUUUAUGGUUGUUACGAAGACCUCAUCUGUGACCACUUGUGAACCCAAAAUUGAACGUAAAAUCCGUCUGACGGACCGUAUCAGGCGCUCCCAUUCCCCUCCCCGAUGACUCGCUGUCGGCGGCGUGAAGACCCAAUCGCAUCCCUUCUCCGCAAGAGAGCUAGCUAUUCGAUCCUGGUUCUAUUUCUUCUACAAUUCCUUCAGUUCGUUCUCAGCCCCUUUGAAAUUGGGUCCGUUAUCACUGUAAAUUUUUCGUGGACGGCCUCUCCGAGCUACGAAUCUGCCGAAAGUACACAGAAACGAAUCAGUCCCCAUGUUUGUGAUCACCUCGAUGUGAAGUGCGCGAAUGCUGAGGCAUGUGAACAGACAGCAAUACCUCUUUUCCGACCGUCGGGCUAUUUUUACCUGAAAUGGUCCGAAGUAAUCGACCCCCGUGAACGUAAAGGGUGGAUUAUACGGCUCCAGUCGAUCAAGCGGCAAAGGAGCCAUCAACUGUCGACAGGGUUGCGAGUGCCAGCGCCGAAACACAAAACAAGACCCGACUACUCUUUUAAUGAGUGCUUGGCCUCGAAUUAUCCAGUAUUUUUCUCGAAGGAUGGCACUGGUGUGUAAUAUCCCUACAUGACCAUUUAGAUGAUGAACAUAUUGCACGAUUAACCGAAAUACGAAAUGAUUUUUCGGGAGAAUAACCGGGUGUUUCGUUUCGUACGGAAUCGGUGCGUAUUGAAGUCGCCCUCCCACUCUAAUCAGACCGUUGGAGAUGAAUGGUGAAAGGUGCUUCAGUGGACUGUUGAUCGCCCUCAAUUUCUUGAAAUCAGUGUUUCUCAGAUUGCUGUGUACGCACUUAAGCUCGUUUUCGAAGAAUUGUCUCUGAAACAACCCCAAGAUAUCGCAUUCGGCACCUUCUAAGUCUGCCACGGUAAGUUGCUUGGAGACGACUUCUGGUUGAUGUGAGACCUUAUUUUUCAGGAAGACUUGAAAUCGUCGUACCCAAGCAACAAGUCUUAGCAGCUUUCUCCAGCUACCGCAGCCCGAAAGCUCCGUUAGCCAGUGAUCUUCAAGAAGAACAGCAUUUACGGUGGCAUCGCAUAUUUUUGGAACAACAAUGGGUCGUUGAUCUGGUUCCUUGGGCCAUUCGUCUGAUUUCUUGCUUAGAAAGACGGGACCCGUGAGCCACAUACUCUUUUCCAGCCUGUCACCAGCUACGCCUCUCGAAGCUACGUCAGCUGGGUUAGUCUCGGAAUUUGCAUACCGCCAUUGUGAAGGAUCUGAUAGGCCUAAUAUGGUAGAGAUGCGGUUAGCCACAAACGUUUCAAGACGUGGUGUUCCUUAUCAGUUGUAAGACGACCAUCGAGUCCGUCCACAUAGUCUUUGAAGAAAUUGGUAAUGUUAGUUCCAACUCUGCCUGUUUCACUAGUUUAGCGACCAGAACCGCAGCGGUGAGUUCUAACCGUGGUAUGGUUUGGACCUCGAGAGGCGUGACUCGAGAUUUGCCCCACACAAACGUCGUAAAUGUAGUGUCAUCUUUGGUCACUGUGUGAAGGUAGACUACGGCCCCGUACCCGCGGUUUGACGCGUCCGAGAAACCGUGUAGUUGAUACUGCUCGACAAUAUCCAAACCGAUCGGGGUCAAACAGCGUUGGAUUUGAACGUCGCUAAGACCCUGAAACUGUUUCGUCAAGUUAAACCACUGUAGCGCGUGCUCAUCGUCGAUCCUAUCGUCCCAUCCGAGAUUGGAGCGGCAUAACUGCUGCAGCAGCAACUUGGCCGGCAACAAAACAGGAGCAACGAACCCAUGUGGGUCAUAUAGGGUUGAGAUAUACGAAAGCAUCGUUCUUCUGGUAAUCGUCUCUGUAGGCCACUUGACUGUGAAUCUGAAUGAGUCCGUAGACUUGUUCCAUUCGACACCUAGUGUUCUGUGGGUAUCGGCUGGCUUAAGAUCGAGGCAGAUUCCCCCGUCGACUCGCUCUUCCUCAAGGAUGUCCGCGAGGGCCUCAACCGAGUUGCUCCGCCACUUAUGUAAACGGGAACCGUGAGUUUGCAGAGCCGUUCGCAAGUAAGAGGCUACAUCCCUAAGGGCUUGUGCGUAGUCACGGCUGAUCAAGCAAUCGUCGACAUAGAAACACUUUCGCAAGUAAUUGACAUUGUGCGCUGAGGGGAUGUCUACCACCCGAUCUAUCGACCGAUUUAGUGCGUAGAUAGCAACACAUGAAGAAGAGGUUGCCCCGAACGGGUGCACCGCCAUUUGAUAACCCUCAAGUUCUCGUGCUAAGUCGCCAUUCGGCCACCAUAGAAAACGUAAAAACGAACGCUGGGCUUUCGGAACUCGGAUCUGGUGGAACAUAGCUUCUAUGUCUGCAAUUGCUACGUACCGAAACUCGCGGAAUCUAGUCAAAACUCCACACAAACUGUUAGCCAGGUCUGGACCUUGCAGUAAUUGGAGGUUGAGUGAUGUAUUUGCUGGCGCAGUCGAAAACUAUCCGCAGCUUCUCCGGUUUCAUCGGAUUAACUACGGAAUGAUGGGGUAGGUAUCAAAGUUGUCCAGGAACGACGGUGGGUAUUGGUGCAACGGGUUCUGCGUAACCUUUGUUGAUAUAUUCAGAGAUGGCCUUAACAUAUCGCUCCUUAUACUCCAGGUUUUUCAGAAAUCUGUUUUUCAAGGCAUAUAAACGUCUGCGAGCAACAAGCUCGUUGUCAGGCAAACAGGGAGAACCUAACUUCCAGGGUAGAGGGACUUCCAAGUGCCCUCGCUUCAGAUGCGUAUGGGAUUUGAACAAGUCUAAAACUCUUGUCUUCCACCGAAUAUGCCUUAUCCAAAGAUUUGGGCUCACCAAAGACAAAGUUCCACAUAUGUUCUAGCAUUUCCAUGACGGAAUCUUUCUCGCUCAAAAAUUCAACGUUCACUCCUCGACGAUCUUGCUCAGCUACUGGUCCCAUGAGUACCCAACCGAGAGGGGUACGAACUGCAUAGGGAUCUUCAUGUCCGCCGUAUCGAUGUGCGAGUACCCAGUGAGCAGCAGGUACAUUCAUUCCGAUUAAUAUUGAUACCUUCGCUCCUUCGACAAGAGGGAGUUCAAUGUCACGUAGAUGUUCCCAACGUGCUGCCUGGUUUCUAGCUAAGGCAAAGCGCUUCAACUUAGGAAGAUGGCUAACGGACCAGGCCUUUUUUACUUUCAGUGGCUCCUGCCCUUCUAUCGCAGACAACUGAAAACCCACUAUUUCGGAACCUACCACCCUGAUGAAGCUGGCUGGGGAGAUGAGGAACUGCAAGAACACGUUACAGUAGUUAGAAUAUUUAGCGGAUUUAAAUUCAUCUAGGACGCUAGCUGCAAUCGUCAGGCGACUACCUCAACCACUUCAGUUCAGGUGGUCAGAAUCCGCUUCAUCAAUAUUACGCCCGGGAAGGGAGCCAACGUUCUCAGAUCUAACCGAAUUUGUGGGCGAGAGAACUGAUGUAUUGAUGGUACACCAAUCCUACUCCUCAGGUCCAGUCCCAGCGCACAGUCGUUCCCCGGGCGAUCGAGGACCGAUGCAUAAGGCCUAUACGCAUCACACACAAACUGUAUCAGUAUCCACAGUACCUAGAGUCUCGACGCUGCGCCGACAGUGUCUGCAGUGCGAGGAAGCUCAUUACACCGAUCAAUGUGGCAUGUUUGUCGUCCUGAACCUGCCACAAAGACUAGCUUUCGUUAAACGUAAUCGAUUAUGCCAUUAGAGUUGCGAAAAUUCCCAUAGCAGUAAUCAGAAGACGAGGUGGCGAGCAUACGUAGCUUUCGAUAAAUUCUCGUCGGGCCAGUACAGUUAUAUAGGAACGGGGUAGAAGUAAAACAUGCAAGCGAUAAGAGAAGUCGACAAAAGUACUCCUUAAACAAAGGCGGGGUGGGGGACUGUGGGGGAGGGGGUGGGGGCAAUAAUAGUCAUUGUCAGGGGCGGGGUGAGAGCGCAAGUGCGCGGGGGCAGUUGCACCGUUAGUCAGCCGUCGACCACUGUAGGCGCGGAGCCUGAACGUGGUUCUUCUGAGCGCAUAAAGUUGGCUUUCGUAACCUUAUGGCGGCCGCUUCCGCUGUCGCUAGCAGGCGCUGGCCUAGUAGCUUAGGGUAGCUCGAUGGGACCUUAUACAUCACACGAAAAGCUUCGUUGGGGUCCACACGAUGUCCGGAAUCGACAACAUGCGCGAGAAUGGCACUGCUUAUACUCCUCGUUUCGCCUUUUCCUAGCCAUGCCGGGAGGUGUUCGCGUAUUCUUUUGGAUAAGCGCCGACUCGUGCGACCAAUAUAACCUGCUCCACAGGAGCAAGUGAAGGAAUAUAUGCACAUUGAGGUGGUCUGCGGUGGCAACUUAUCCUUACCUUCUCCGCGUAAAAUAGGGUUAGUAGAGAAUGAUAUUUGAACCCUUGCCGCUGGGAAGGUUCGCGAGACAGCUUGAUCAAGGCGUCUCCUAAGGAGUUCACUCGUCGCGUCCCCUCGGAAAGGGACUUUGAGGAACAAAGUUUUCUUUUCAGCGGUCAAUGUGGCGGGUUUAACCGGUCUUUCGACAAUGUUCUUUGCAAUGAGCCUGUCAGGAUACCCGUUUUCUCGAAGGAAGUCCUGGAUUUUUCUGAGCUCCUCCUCGAUGCUAUCUGUUGAGCAAAUUUUUCUUGCUCUUUGUGCCAGACAUCGGACUAGAUUUCGUUUUUGUUGGAGGGGUACGAAACUGGAAAAGUUCGUGUAUUGUCCAGACCAGGUUUUCUUCCGAUAGACGCUUCUUCGGACACUGCCGUCAGGUCUCCUGCUUAGAAGAACAUCUAAGAAAGGGAGCGAACCGGCCGUUUCGAUCUCCAGCGUGAAUUUGAUCGACGGAUGUGCCUGAUUUGCCGCAUCUAAGAGGGUAGCUACGUCGGCUUCUGCAGUGGCAAUUGCAAAUAUAUCAUCAACGUAGCGUUGGCUCCCUUCCAAGGCGUAAUAUUGAUGAAGCGGAUUCUGACCACCUGAACUGAAGUGGUUGAGGUAGUCGCCUGACGAUUGCAGCUAACGUCCUAGAUGAAUUUAAAUCCGCUAAAUAUUCUAACUACUGUAACAUUUUCUUGCAGUUCCUCAUCUCCCCAGCCAGCUUCAUCAGGGUGGUAGGAUCCAUAGGUUUUAUGAUUGGACCGUCAAUCAAAUUAUCUAUGUGGGCCCUGGCAAUGGAGUGGGGUUGGCCGAACCGUCACCUAAGGAUCUUGAGAGCUUCAUGAUACCCUUCACUAGGCUCCAAGAUGGCACAGCUGUCAACGGCUUCUCUCGCCUCACCCCGACAAUGGUGGAUUAGGUAAGAGAGCCGACUUUCGUCGUCGCUAACCCUUUUUGCAAUUCCACUCUCAAAGCUUCUUAAGAACAGCCAAUAUUUGAGGGGGUUUCCAUCAAAGUACAGUAUUUCCCGCUGUGGAAGGGAAAACUGAGGGGGCAUAGGGCGCUGGUAACAAUCAUGACAGUCUGCCUUUGUAGUUUCUGGGUGUCGGAAAAGGUUAAGCUCAGUAAUGCGUGAUUGCUUAGACUCUGUAUCAAGAAGAAGAAGCGACGGCGAACAUCCAACCACUGAGGACUCGCCGGUAACAACGGGCUUUGAUUCCAGCGGAGUUGUAUCCAAUACUGCUUUUGGACUGCCCAAUUUAAUUUUCUCCUUCAACUGCUCCUCCAAAUUCCGUAUCUUUUCCUUAUAUGAUUCGAGGAUGGUGUCAUGGUCUCCAAGCGUGGGAGAAUAUCUGUCCAAAUCGGGAGCUGACAGAGAUUUCUGUGACUCAUCCAUUUCUGAAGCAUCGUAUUUGGUUAACUUUGUGGAGUACUGUCGACUGCCAUUUGUUGCCUGUUCGCGUUACUCACAUAGAGUCUGUUGAACCUAGCUGCUCUCUAGCCUGUCUCGAUUCAGUCGCCUGAGUUGGCUUACUUCGUGCAGUCCGUACGCGGAAACGAUGUAAAUAAGUGCAGAAUUGUACGGAAACACGGUUCUAUAAUUGGCAUGAUUAGCAAGAUUUAAAUGUUACACUUACAACCAAAUGUCUCCAGGCAUACAGUCAGAAAGAUGUGGCGUAUAGUCAGACGGGUAGCGUCAAGUUACGCGGGAUGUAAACGGGAGAUUCAACCAAAUAGUACGAGGGUUGGGGGAAAAUAGAGGCCAUAAUUUUCCGAGGCAAACAAAAAGAAAUGUAAAGUAUGUGUUAAAGGGGGCCAAUAAAAAUGGGAAAACAUACGUGGGAACGUACAAUCACUGAGACAGUAGAUUUAUUUGCCUGAGCUUUCGAACUCGAACUGGAGUUCAUCAGCAGAGACUGCUCCAGUGCAGCAACGCGUGAACUUUUAUAUCGCUGUUCCUUGCGGGGGGGACUACGUCCGUGGCUAGGUAAGGUUUGUGCUGCCUGGUCCACGAUGGUCCCCCGGCAUGGUGACGCCGUUUGUACUUCGCGACGAUGUGAGCUGCGCCACCUGGCUGCGUGGGCGGAGGACGUGAUAACACGCAGGCAAGUCGAUGUGUCUGUUGAUAGAGUUGGUGUCCGACACCCACGCCUCCGACAGCUCUGGCCCUGUCUUGUUGCCGGCUCGCGCCAAUAUCCGCGUGUUGGCGAAGUCGAAGUCAUAGCCUUCCUCCAGCGUGUGAGCGGCUACUUGAGAUAGUGGGUCGCCUCUCCGAACGGCCCGUUUGUGCUCAAGUAUUCGUGAGCUGAGACGUCGUCCUGUCUGGUCUGUGUAGUGGCAAGGACAGUUUUGGCACGGGAUUUGAUAGACUACGCCCGACUGUUCACCUGCGUCCAGCCGAUCCUUCAUUUUCAUGAUCCUGCUACGCACGGUGGCCGCCGGAUGAUGAAUGAUGCCCACGCCUAGCUCUGACGCAAUGCGUUCUGUAGCCUCGGACACAUUCUUUAUGUACGGUAGGGAGUGCCAAAUUGUUGGCGUGGGUGCGUGCGUAUGCAGCGACUGAUAAAACUAUUUGCGUAGCCGUUCUUUGUUAAUUGGUCCCGGAGAUGCCGUAGUUCUUGCAUCCUUUCUUCGGGCUCGCUACCGUGCGUUUUCAGUCGGUCGAAAAACGCCCUCACACAGUACCGUUUGUGCACCAAUGGGUUGUUGCUAUGAUAGUUGAGGACCUGGGUUGUAUUGGUCGCCUUUCUGUACACUGUAGUGCUGAGUUCACCGUCAGGUAUGCCCGUGACGAGCACUCUCAGGAAAGGUAGUUUCUCGUCCUCCUCGUCUUAUAAACUGAAUGUCGGGGAAUAUGCUGUUAAGCAAGUCUUGAAAACCCGAUAGCUUGUCCUUUUUAAUAAUGACGAAUGCAUCGUCCACGUAUCGGCGCCAAAACGCAGGUUUGUAGUGACUGAAAGCAACCUUUUCCAGCUCUUGUAGGACCAAUUCCGCAACUAGGCUGGAUAUUGGGGAACCCAUGGGUGUUCCUUUGAUUUGUUCGUAUGUUCUGCCAUGGAAGGUGAAAAAGGUUCGUUGGCAGAAUGCAAAGAGCUGCAUUAGGUUCUGGAUCUUUAGCGGCCCUGUCAUUUCGUCGUACUUUUCUUCGAGGUGUUUGCGUAGCACGCCGAACGCCAAGUCUGGUGAGAUGGACGUGAAAAGUGAGAAAACGUCGAAGGAUACCAUGAUUUGGUCGCGUCUAAUAGUUUUUCUCCGAAUGUCGGCAAGGAAUUGGGAGGCCGGAUUGACGGACGUCACAGAACCCUCUCGAGAAAAUUGAGCUUUCGGGACAUCCAUUUGGCUAAAUUGUGUGUAGGGCUGCCUUUCAGGGCAACGAUUGGUCGCAGAGGAACGUUGGCUUUGUGGAUUUUCGGUAGUCCGUAUAACCUGGCCAACGCCGUGUCGGUUGGUUUUGUCUGGUGCCAUUCGUCCACCGAGAUUACAUUGUUGCGCCGGAGUCGGCUUAAGAGUCCAGUAAGCUGGCCGAUCGUCGAUUCGGCCUGCGAGGCGGGUGCGGACCUGUAGGACUCUUGGAGGCGUGGGUGUCAGACACCAACUCUAUCAACAGACACAUCGGUUUGCCUGCGUGAUAUCACGCGCUCCGCCCACGCAGCCAGGUGGCGCAGCUCACAUCGUCGCGAUGUACAAACGGCGUCACCACGCCGGGGGACCAUCGUGGACCAGGCAGCACAAACCUUACCUAGCCACGGUCGUAGUCCCCCCCCGCAAGGAACAGCGAUAUAAAUGUUCACACGUUGCUGCACUGAAGUAGUCUCUGCUGAUGAACUCCAGUUCGAGUUCAAAAGCUCAGGCAAAUAAAUCUACUGUCCCAGUGAUCAUGCCUUCUUCUUCUUUUAGAGACAUUUGCGCUCUAAGACUGAGUUCUUGCAAAGUCCCCAAAAACCACUUGCCUCCAACUGCGUUUGUGCCUUCCACGUCUUCCACGCACUCUACACCGAUUAUUUGUUUACACGAUGCGAUGUCCGGCUCGAAAGAUCCCAUCCAGAAGCCCACGCCAACACCUGGCACACCCUCGAAAAUCACAGCGGCGAUCCCUUUGUCGCCAUUCGCCCCUCCUGA